UGCAGCGCAGGCUGUUUGCUAGAAUGUGGUAAAGCUGAGAUGUGUUUUUAUCAUUUUUGAGGGAGGAAGAUGAAGAGAAAAAGGAGAGAGAUUUGUCAGGGCCACUGGUCAGGCAGGAAGCUGUGAGUGUGGUUAGCUGAGCGGAACAGUAGAGAGGAAGCGGUGUUGCCCUUUUUUGUACUGUAUUUGUUCUGCGUAGUCCCUCAGACUGAACUGGAACUGGCUACUGGACGGACAAAAGCGAGAGUUAAAGAAACCAGGAGCACAUUUAGACAGGAAUUAAGAUAAAGCUGAAGAGAAAACAUUGAUGACAGACGCAAACAUCCACCCACCCAGCACAAGUCAGCAGCAUAGUUGAGGCGUGAGACGAGUCAUGCUGUGAGCUCUCUGGGCAUUGCCUGGCUCCCACGAUGGCAGUUUUGGCAGGUGUGGAAGCUGGGACUGGACAAAGGGCAGGUGAAGGGAGGCUGUCCUGGCCAGUUUUCCUGCUGACCCUAGCAGCUAUCACCUCCUCCUCUCUUUCAGCGUUGUCCCUGUACCAACUGUUGGCUCUCAGAGCUGAGGUGGAGGGACUCAAAUCUGAGGUCUGUCGCAGGAGAGAAGAGGGACGAGAGGCCAAGCAUGGAGACCAGGACUUUAUUGUGUCUGUUCAGACUGGUAAUAUCAGUAGCAGGAGAAGCAGCCAAGAGCCCCUUCACCAACCUGGGUCUCAACAUGGUUUCACCCUAAUGAGGAGGAAAAGAUCUGGAACAGAGACAUUAGUUUCUCAACCUUGCCUGCAGUUGUUGGCAAACCGUAGCAGGAAAACCUUCAGCAAAGAAUAUUCAUCAGAGCUGUGCACAGGUAUCCCCUGGCAGUCUGGGCUGAGGAGAGGCACUGCCCUGGAGGUAGACGGAGACACCAUGUUAGUCAGAGAGGAGGGCUUCUACUUUGUGUACAGUCAGGUCUACUACAUGGACAGCACCUUUGCAAUGGGUCACGUGGUGAUCCGGAGGAAGAGGAACGUGGUGGGGAAUGAGUAUCCCAACCCGGUCCUGUUCCGCUGCGUCCAGAAUAUGAACCCCGUCACCCCUUUCAACACCUGUUACACAGGAGGUAUUGUGAAGCUGGAGGCCGGGGACCACGUGGAGCUGCUGAUCCCUCGCUCCAGUGCCAACGUGUCCCUGGAGGGAGACUCCACCUUCCUGGGUGGCAUUAAACUGGCUUAAAGUGCGUCACCUCACUUUGGACCGGAGGUACGCUUUUGUGGAACGAACUGUGCAACAAGGCAGAGUUAUGGUGAUCUUGUCUGAAGUAGACACUUCUGUACCAGCUGAAUGUGUUGACUUGUUCAGCCUGAGGGAACAUGAAGGGGACUGUGAGUUGAUGGCAUGAUCUUUGCUCUUAAGAAUACAUACAUGCACCUUAUAGCUGCAGCUGUAUUAUACUCAUUUCAAGCACACAAUAUUGUAAAAACUGUAUGCUUGUCUGAAACAAAUGCUUUUUCUUCAAAUGAUCACAAGCACAUGGCAAGGUCUGACUUGUGGGAGAUGUGUAAAAUCGUUCUUCUACUGUUUAGAUCAAUAGUCUUUCCUCCUGUAGCAGCAGCAGUUCUUCUCGUAUGCUUUAAUAUUUUAGAUAUUUGAACAUCAUCGGUCUGAUUGAUCAUCUGAAUGCCGUGAUUUAAUUCUAGUUCACAUGUACUAUAUGUUUGAUUGAAAAUUCAAGAUGCAAUAAAGUGGCAGUUGCACAAGAGAUGACAUCAUCUGGAAUCCGG